AUGCUCGUGCUGCUGGUUCUGGGCAGCGUCGUCGUGGAGCAGCAGCAGCAACAGCAGCAGCAGCAGCAGCAGAGUGCUGCAGCAGCAGCAGCAGCAGCAGCAGCAGUAGCAGCAGCAGUAGCAACAGCAGCAGCAGCAGGAGGAACGACUGCGGGAGACGCAGCAGCAGUAAAGGAAGAAAGCAGUAGUAGCAGCAACAGCAGCAGCAACAGCAACUCCAGCAAGAGGAGCAGUAGUAGCAGCAACAGCAGCAGCAGCAGCAAUAACAGCAGCAGCAGCAACAGCAAAAGCUAG